UGUGGCGUCAAACUUGGUUGCAGUUGAGUUUUUUUCUCUUUUUUUUGUUGUUGUUGUAAUGGAGCACCGUCCCUGAGAAGAGCGGAGACGUGACUGGCUGGAACAACGCGGCGCUGCUGUCAGUUCACCCCAAAGGAGGUUCCCGCCUAAAAAACCUCCCUGAAAGCCUUCGGAGGAGGAAGUUUUAAAGAUGUCUGACUGAGAGGAGGAGGAGGAGGGAAAAGUGCCGCUUUUUCUCGAGUCGGGAGGGAAUUUGGCGCCUUUUAAUUUAUUUUUUUUUAAAUUGUUUGUUAGUGAUAACUUUUCUGGAAAUAUGUAAGUGUGUGAAUGUAAAAUGGAGCAGUCAGCUACCCUUGAUAUAGAAACACUGAAGAUUACCCAGGAUCAGUACAUUCUUGCGUCACACUCCUUGCACCUCCAGCGACCGGCUUGCGAUGCGGUGUAUCCAGUGGGGCUGUACGGCUGGAGGAAAAGAUGCCUGUACUUCUUGCUGCUGCUUCUGCUGGUCACCAUGAUAGUUAACUUGGCCCUCACUGUCUGGAUCCUAAAGGUCAUGAAUUUUUCAGUGGAUGGAAUGGGAAGCCUACGACUGAAACAAAAUGGGAUUCACCUGGAGGGAGUGAGCAAGUUUCAGCGACCUCUUUAUGUAAAUGACAUCCAGUCCAGAAGGGACAGCUGGUUGCUUUUACGAUCAGACAAGAACGUUACUCUGAAUGCCAGAAACAAGGAGGGGCAGCUGACUGGUCAACUCACAGUGGGACCCGAAGCUGUGGAGGUCCAGUGUCAGAGGCUGGAAGUGCGAGAUGGAGAUGGAGGAAGACUGCUGUUUACUGCAGAUGAAGAGGAAGUGGCAAUGUUGACGGACAGGCUUACAGUCACAGGCGCAGAAGGUGCUGUUUUUGAACACUCAGUUGAAACUCCAUUGAUCCAAGCGAGGACUUCUGAGGACCUCAGACUUGAAUCUCCAACGCGAAGCCUAACCAUGGAGGCUCCCAGAGGGGUGGAGGUGAGCGCUGCCAGGGGGACUCUCGGAAUCAGCAGCAGAAAAGACCUCCAACUGGAAUCUACAGAGGGGGAGAUACUUCUAGAUGCCAGCAGCAUUAGACUUGGAAGCCUCCCACUUGGCACCCACGCAGGCUCUCCGAGUCAGGCCAUCCAGAAGCAGGCCGUGUAUGAGGUGUGCGUUUGCCCCAGCGGCAAGAUCUACCUCUCCCCUGCCGAGAGCAGCUCCUCCUGUCAAGCCAUGAGCAACAUCUGCCUGUGGAGCUGACAUGGGAGCAAAGCGGUGGAGCCCGGGACGCCUGAGGGAGUCUGUGGGACGGAGAUGCUACUCGAGCCUUUCAUCAUCACACCGAGGCGCUCGCAGCGGAUUAUCGGAGGUCAGGACGAGGCGCCUGAGGGCGAAAAUCUAAACCGAAUUCAGGAAUAUAUACAGAACACACCUUUUUCCACCGUUGGGAAGAAACUGAACAUUGAGGAGAAGUCAUUGGUGCCUUCAGUUUGAAAUAAAAUCACAGCGCUCCC